CCCUCUUCCCUCCCCCCCGGCAGCGUCGAUCGCCUCCGGGUGCGCGGGGCAGCGCUCUGCACGCGAACCCCUCCUGCAGGCGCCCAGGCGCGAGCCAAGCGCCGAUCUCCGGGCGCGUUUGGCGCCCCCUCCCAGCCACCGGGCGACGAUGAGCGGAGGCGCGGGGGUCGCGGAGAGCAGUGAUGAUCACAGUGCCUCUUCAGAAGAAAAAGAUUGCCCUAGCCCCAACCUAGAUACUUCAGAGGACUCUAAAUCAGGCGAGGACAGCAGUUCUGAGAGCAGCUCUGAAAGCGAAUCAGAUAAUGAGGAGCCAAAACCAAAACAAACAAAUGGGGAGCUAGGAGAGUCUUCCACCGAGGAGGCGUCCACUCAGGUUGAAGAAUGGGAGGAUAAAGGAUUGCCCACAGAUCAUUUUAAUUCAGAAUUUAAUAAAAUCCAAUCUCACUGUGAACACUGUAAAGCUGAAAAUAAACACAAUGAACCAGUGACCCCCAGGCUCCUUUCCCGGGGACAGUUUUUACUGAAGGUGGACACGGAGGGCAUUUACCAGUGCACGGAAACUGGUCUGAUAUUUGAAGUUAACAGAAAAGUUGACAUCAAGUAUUGUGUCUUGUCCUGGAGCAAAUAUGCGGACCUGGUUGUUAAGCCCUGGGUUGUCGGUGGACCCUUGUUUGAUGUUAAAUGUGACCCUACCUGUCUUACCUCCAUUCAGUUUCCACAUUCCCUCUGCUUGGGUCACUGCGACACCAACAUGAUGUUCAAAGUCUUGCAUGUUAAAAGUACUGGGGCCUCGUUAGAAUACACCGUGGACCACUCUGCAACCCAUGUCAAAUGGCGCGUGAGCUCUCUUUCUCCUGUGGGACCUGUUAUUCAAAGCGAAGAAACGGUGUUCCACCACGGGGCCGUGAUUCUGUACAAAGCCAUUGACCAUAAUCCAUCCUUGUCUUUUCGAGUGUACAUAGCAACCAAUAAUGAGUCCUUCAUCAAGGAUAUUUCCAAGUCUAUAAAGCACUCCUCUAAGAAAUUCAUGAAAGUCGACAAGCCUCCUGUUUGCCUGAAGUUGUUGCAGAAUGGGAAGAAGUACAGACUGAUUAGUGAGCCGGAAGCCGAAAUCACCCCAGAGGAAAUUGAAUUUGUGGAUGGUUCACUUUUAAAAUUGAAAAGUUAUAUUGAAGUGUAUUUGGAGCAACCGGUGGAGUUUAAGUUACUUUUGGUGGAGAUGGAUUCCGAGGAAAUUGUAUGGAAAGCAAAACUGAGAGAGUGUGACUGGAUUCAGCAAGAUCGGAAUCGGAACAUUUCGAAAAGCAGCACAAGUGGUAACAGGCGUCGAAAAAUGAGUAGCAGCUUACCUGAUGAAGUGGUCUAUGAUAAAAGAAUGAAGCAGAUUGACACUUCAGAUGGGGCAAAGACUAAAGCCUUGUUAACAGACACUCAGCUGAUAAGCCUUGCUGAGAAGCUGGGGCAGGAGUGGGUAAAAAUCGCCAUUGCCAACCUGAAGUUGAAAAUUAGCGAUAUUGAUGCUAUCAUGGAGAAGAAAGAAGACGUUACAAUGAAUAAGUUUCGGAUGCUGAAGAAGUGGCAAGAAAAGGAGCAGAGUAACGCCACAGCUCAGAAUUUAUGUAACUGCUUGAAAAAUGUCGAUUCGGUUGAGGUGCAAGAUGUGCUGAGAGGUUUCUUGCAGGAAACGUGAAGUUUGGAAGACGAGCUGGAGAAGGAAACCUCUGGAACUUUCAACUGCAAAGACCAUUUCUGUGGUAAUUGGGUGUAGAGUUGAUGGGACCUGGAACUUCACAGCCUGUGGGAGUAGCUCCUUUCACAGGCAGCCGCCCUCAGCUCACAUUAUUCAGGGGCAAAGGGAAUGUGGAAUAUUUUGAAACCUGAAGAAAGAAAAAAACCUCUAUAAUAUCAAGGGUUUUUUGGGGUUUUUUUUGCACCUCCUGUUCACACAUCCCACCUGGCUUCCCCACCCAUAAAGGGUGCUUAAAAUGACUCAACUCAGUCAGGUGAGAAAUGUGGUAAUUUUCCUUUUGUAGUCCGUGAACUAUGAAACUCAUAUCAAGUGUUUGAAAUGUUUUUAGCAAUUAAGUAGUGGAGUACUUAAAUUGCACCAAUUUAGUUUAGCUUUUUUCAUAACGACAUAAUAACGAGAGAGGUUCCUGUGCUUCUGGCGCCCACGCAGACAGACAUUCACGUGCUGCUGGUGCAAUAUGUCUUUUUAUGUGGGAUGUGAUUUCUGUAUCUCACAGUACUAACCAGUCUCGCUAGUGGUCUGUUAAACCAUGAAACCAAUCACGUUACCGAGUCCUAGAGUGAUUAGAAAGGAGUGUAAUCCUCUCCCCAUCAAUGUUGGUGCAAACGCUCAGAAGUGAUGGCCUCAUCUCACUGGGGAAGUUCUGGAUCCAUCAUCAGAGUCCCUGCAAGUUUCAUCAGCCUCUGAAAUCACCGGGCUGGACACUGCAUUUUUUGACUUUGACCCUGGAUCAUUUAUUUUGGGGAGGGUGGGGGUGUGGAAAUGCCAUUCAGAAAGAGCCUUAGCCGGGACCAAGGGAAAACUGUCAUCUCUUCUCAAAGAGGACUUGUCCCAGGGAAUAAUGGGCCACAUUGGCUCUUGUUAAUGGGUAAAAUUUCUUUUUUUGUGUAUAUAUAGACAUUGUCACUCUCCCAGAAUCAUGCAUGUGGUGAUUAACAUCUUGGCUAUGUUUUGUUAACUUAUUUGAGGAAACUAUAAAUUACCAUUAGUCUUCUGUAGACAUUAGCUGGAGAGUAAAUGAAAUCUCAAUGAAUUAAUCAGAGAAAUGUACUUUAUAGCUUCGCCUGUGAAGAACAAAUUCACUUUAUAGGGAAGAAUGUAUUUCUAAUUGUCAGGGAUACUGUGGAAUUCAAAUCAGUGUCACUUCAUGAGUUUUUUUUUUUUAAUAGUUCUAUAUUUUAGGAAACAGACUUUUAACACUCAGAAGUGUAAAAUACUUAAAGGACUUUGAAUUUUUUAAAUGUUUAUUAUUUUUUAUAAGUUGUUUCCCAAAGAAAAGCAUAGUUUCAGAGGUGCUUUGAUAUAAGCUGGGUUCCUAACAAUUUUCAACCUUUUUCCUACUGUAGGUAAAGGGAAGAACAAUAAAUCCGCAUCUGUACAGUG